UUAGCUUGAGUUCCUAUUUCGCCGCCAUCCUUUUAGCUCUCUUCUUUUUUUAUUUAUGCUCUCUUUUUUCUUUCUCCGAUAACAAUUCCAAGCAAAGAUAUACAAAAUUAAUCACACGCCUUCCGAUACCCAAAACUUGGAAAAACCAAAGCCUAUUGAACAAAAACUUGAUAAAGCGAGCGGAGAUGUGGCGAUGCGUAUCUCGUUGCCUUCGAGUUCCAUACUCGAAGGGAUCAGUUGCCAGUGAUUCUCUUAGAUCACACAUGUCCAGAUUCUUCUCCACUGAUUCCGGAAAAUCCCCUUAUACAAUAGUGAAUCAUACCUAUGAUGCAGUGGUGGUUGGUGCUGGUGGUGCCGGGCUGAGAGCAGCCAUUGGUCUUUCAGAGCAUGGAUUUAAUACUGCUUGCAUAACUAAACUUUUCCCAACUCGUUCGCAUACCGUUGCAGCUCAGGGUGGCAUAAAUGCUGCUUUAGGAAAUAUGUCUGAAGAUGACUGGCGAUGGCACAUGUAUGACACAGUUAAAGGAAGUGAUUGGUUAGGCGAUCAGGAUGCAAUUCAAUAUAUGUGCAGGGAGGCUCCAAAAGCAGUGAUUGAACUUGAGAAUUAUGGCUUACCUUUUUCUCGAACAGAAGAUGGGAAAAUAUAUCAGCGAGCAUUUGGUGGUCAAAGCCUUGACUUUGGAAAAGGUGGACAGGCUUAUCGUUGUGCAUGUGCUGCUGAUCGAACUGGACAUGCUUUAUUGCACACCCUCUAUGGCCAAGCUAUGAGACAUAAUACCCAAUUCUUUGUGGAAUAUUUUGCUUUGGAUCUAUUGAUGAAUAGUGAUGGAAGCUGCCAGGGAGUAAUAGCUUUGAACAUGGAGGAUGGAACACUACACCGAUUCCAGGCUGCUAACACAAUUCUGGCCACUGGGGGUUAUGGUAGAACCUUCUUUUCAGCAACCUCAGCUCACACAUGCACUGGUGAUGGAAAUGCUAUGGUUGCACGGGCUGGGCUUCCCCUCCAGGAUUUGGAGUUUGUGCAAUUUCACCCAACUGGAAUCUAUGGGGCUGGGUGCCUCAUUACUGAAGGGUCUCGUGGUGAAGGCGGUAUUCUUAGAAAUAGUGAAGGUGAACGCUUUAUGGAACGGUAUGCACCUACUGCCAAGGAUCUUGCUUCAAGGGAUGUUGUUUCGAGAUCUAUGACGAUGGAAAUAAGGGAAGGUCGUGGUGUAGGACCUUUGAAGGACCAUAUCUAUCUCCACUUGAAUCACUUGCCUCCAGAGGUGCUCAAGGAGAGGCUUCCAGGUAUCUCUGAGACUGCUGCCAUUUUUGCUGGAGUGGAUGUUACAAAGGAGCCCAUCCCAGUCUUGCCUACUGUACACUAUAAUAUGGGUGGAAUUCCAACAAAUCAUCAUGGCGAGGUGGUUACUAUCAGAGGCAGUGAUCCAGAUUCUGUAGUUGCUGGACUAAUGGCUGCUGGAGAGGCAGCCUGUGCAUCAGUUCAUGGUGCCAAUCGGUUGGGUGCAAAUUCCCUUCUCGACAUCGUUGUCUUUGGUCGGGCUUGUGCCAACCGAGUUGCAGAGAUCAAUAGGCCAGGGGAGAAGCAGAAACCUUUGGAAAAGGAUGCUGGUGAAAAAACAAUUGCAUGGCUAGACAAACUAAGAAAUUCUAAUGGUUCUCUUCCAACUUCAAAAAUUCGAUUAAAUAUGCAACGAGUAAUGCAAAACAAUGCUGCUGUGUUCCGGACACAGGAGACACUAGAAGAAGGUUGUCAGUUAAUCAAUAAGACAUGGGAAAGUUUCCAUGAUGUUAGCUUGAAGGAUCGCAGCUUAAUAUGGAACUCUGAUUUGAUAGAAACUAUUGAGUUGGAAAAUCUUCUGAUAAAUGCCUGUAUCACUAUGAAUUCUGCUGAAGCAAGGAAAGAGAGCAGAGGAGCACAUGCUCGUGAAGAUUUUACAAAAAGAGAUGAUGAGAACUGGAUGAAGCACACAUUGGGCUACUGGGAGAAUGAGAAGGUGAGACUGGCUUACCGGCCAGUUCAUAUGAACACAUUAGAUGAUGAGGUUGAGUCAUUCCCACCUAAAGCUCGUGUCUACUAAUCUUUGUGCCUUUAUGCAAAUGGUUAAGAGGAUCCAAUAAUUCAGCAUGGGGUAAACUAUGCCGAAAGGGGAUGCAAUAAAAUAUUUGUAAGCACAACAUGCUGGCAAUAUUUGUGCCAUUCAUCAAUCUUGGAACUUCUGUGAUUGAAAGCAUUCAAUAAGUUUCAGUUUGAGUCAGAAUUUUGUAAUUGUAUGUCAGCAAUAAGGUUAUGGUUGCUGAAUUCGAUCAUCUUUCUUUUAUACAGUGACCUUUUUACUUC